AUGACUGCUUUCUUCAGAGCGACGGAGAAGGGAAAUAUCUCAAGAGCCAGUUUAACAGACUCUAUCUAUUGCCAUUAUAUUUCCUCACGGCCCCUCUUCGACAUUAUUUCAUCUAUUGUCAGAGACUGUGUUAGUUGCAUCUGUUUGUCUUUUGUCGUUCUGUUUCCCUCUCCCUACCUACCUGUUCACCUGAGCCUGCCUCUCUGUCGCCACUCUAUUAACAUUAGUCUCUUCCCCUUUUUUUCAAAGUAUGCUUCCAUUGUUCUUUUAUUCACUAAUCUGUGGUCCGUGACUAUUUUAUACGCCAAUGUGUCGUCUGUUUCUCUCUUGUAUCCUACUCUUUGUUGUCCGUGUUUCUCUUUUAUCCGCCUCACUAUCGUCCUAGUUUCCCGUAUAGCUGCCUCUUUGUCGUCCGUGUCUUUUUUAUCUACCACUCCAUCGUCGACAUCUAUCCCGUCUGUUUGUCUUCCGUGUCUCUCCCGUCUCUCUGUCGCCCGUGUCUCUCCCGUCUCUCUGUCGCCCGUAUCUCUCCCGUUUCUCUAUCGCGCGUUUUCUGUUUCUCCCAUCUCUCUCUUCCCUCUCUCUGUCGCCCGUGUCUCUCCCGUCUCUCUGUCGACCGUGUCUCUCUAUCGUGCGUUUUCUGUUUCUCCCAUCUUUCUGUCUUCCGUAACUUUGUUGUCUGUGUCUCUCCCGUCUCUCUGUCGCCCGUGUCUCUGGCAUCUCUCUGUAACCCGUGUCUCUCCCGUCUCUGUAUCGUACGUUUUCUCUUUCUCCCAUCUCUCUGUCUUCCGUAACUUUGUUGUCCAGGUCUCUCCCAUCUCCAAAUCAUCCGUGUUUCUUCCGUCUCUCUGUCGACCGUGUCUCUUUCGUCUCUAUAUCAUGUGUGUGUCUCUUUCCCGUCUCUACAUUGUCUCCGUCUCCUUAGCUAUUUCUAGUCGUUUAUAUGUUGUUUUAUUGGGGGGGGUCAAUGUCUCCCCAUACGUAAUCGCCGUUAAUUUACUUAAUCUCUUUCUAAUUUGCUAUUAUUUUCUUCUUUGUGAAAUCAACAUAGUAUAUAUAAUUUUAAAAAAAGAACAAACAACCAAUCAAUUCUUGCUACUGUUCCCACCUCUGCGACUCAAAAAGAAUACGGGACAUGAUUGA